AGCACGAGAACUACCACUCCCGGCAUGCCAUGCGGGAUCUCGCGUUGCUUGUGCCUACUCUCGUGAGAGUCGGCGCUAUAAACCCGUGCGAGGCGGCCGAACAGGCCCUUUUCCCAAGAUGGCGCCGAAGGCGAAGAAGGAGGCCGUCCCUGCCAAGACAGAGGCAAAAUCCAAGGCUCUGAAGGCUAAAAAGGCCGUUUUGAAAGGAGUCCACAGUCACAAGAAGAAGAAAAUCAGGACAUCUCCCACCUUCAGGAGGCCCAAAACGUUACGAUUACGGAGACAGCCCAAAUAUCCUAGGAAGAGUGCUCCUCGGAGGAACAAGCUUGACCACUAUGCCAUUAUCAAGUUCCCUCUGACCACAGAGUCAGCCAUGAAGAAGAUAGAGGAUAACAACACCCUGGUCUUCAUAGUAGAUGUCAAGGCCAACAAACAUCAGAUCAAGCAGGCUGUCAAGAAACUGUAUGAUAUUGACGUGGCCAAGGUCAACACAUUGAUCCGGCCCGAUGGUGAGAAGAAGGCUUACGUCCGUCUUGCUCCAGACUAUGAUGCAUUGGAUGUAGCCAACAAGAUUGGAAUAAUCUAAAGGGCAUCCACCAAGAGCUGGGCGGAUGAGAUAAUAAACUUUGUACAACCA